AUGGACAACGUAUUCCACAUGCGGUCGGCAGGUGCCGCUGCCGAAGGAGUCCAAGACCAGUAUGCCGACGGCAGAGCAGCACGCGUCUGGGAGGCAUUCAUUGGAGACAAGAACUCCCGCACGCAGAAUUACCGCAACUUCCUGGUCGGGCUCUUGAGGAAGAAUGGCUGCCAAAGAAUUCUGGAUGUUGCCUUAAUCGAGGAAGCGAAUUGGCUGACCCUCGCCGAUGAUGUAGCUGACCUUGUCGGAGAUGGCUUCAAUGCAGUGAUCUGCCUCGGAAAUUCAUUUGCACAUCUGCCUGAUGUCACAGGAGACCAGAGAGACCAAAAGAAGGCUCUGGAAAAUUUCAAGAAAUGUGUAAAACGUGGAGGAUUGCUUCUCAUUGAUCAUCGGAACUAUGAUGACGUUCUGGAGACUGGGAAAACUCCGAAGCACUGUCUGUACUACAAUAGUAAGAGGACAACAGAAAUUGUAACUUCCGUGCUGUACGUGGAAGCGAAGCCAACUGUUGUUACUCUGGACUACCUGCUCGACAUGUCUGACGAAAAAGAGAAGAAUGUGUUCCGUUUCUCGUACUACCCACACAGAUUGGAGGUAUUUAAGAGGAUGCUGCAAGAUGUCUUUGGCACAAAGUCUGAACACACACUGUAUGGUGACUUCAAACAGCUUCACGAGAUUGACAACCCUGCGUUUUAUAUUCAUGUCCUGCAAAAAAUUGAGAUAAAGGAGGAAAAUAGGGAAACAAUGGACAACAGAAGAUGUAAGUUGGUGUUAAUAUUUAGCUGA